AUGGAGAAGUCCAAGAUGAUCCCCCUACAGUCGCAGAGGUUCCUGGGGAUUUUGCUCGACCUCCCAGAGAUCCUUUCUGACCUUGGACAAAGUGAACAAAAUAAGGUCAGUGGUGCGAGAUCUAAUUCUAUGCCCUUGUGUUUCAGUCAAGAAAGCUAUGUCCGUCCUCGGUACCUUGACAUCAUGCAUUCCAGCAGUUCUGUGGGCUCAAGCUCAUUCCAGGGAUCUCCAGUGGGAGAUUCUCCAGUCAUGGUCAGGGAGACCAGAGGAGCUGAACAGCAAGAUUCUAAUCUCCAGGAAGACCCAUCGGUCACUAGAAUGGUGGUUGAUACAGGGGGACCUGUGGAAGGUGUGAAUGGAAUGAAUGAGAAAGUCGAGCAAAACUGUUUGUUGUGGUCAAAGUCCAAAGAAAGGAGGAAGUAUCAGGAUGCAGAGAUUGUUAGAACCCGGGACCCGCAGCUUUUAUCGCAGUGUGAUGUAGUUGUCGAUGUGGGCGGCGAGUAUGACCCUUCCCGGAACCGCUACGACCACCAUCAAAGAUCUUUCUGUGAAACCAUGAACAGCCUAUAUCCUGACAAGCCGUGGGUUACCAAGCUGAGCAGCGCUGGCCUGGUAUAUGCCCACUUUGGCACACAGAUACUAGCCACGCUCCUGGGAACCGAUGAGGAGGACCCUAUUAUACCAGUCCUAUAUGACAAGAUGUAUGAGAACUUUGUUGAAGAAAUCGAUGCUAUAGACAAUGGAGUAUCCCAGUUUGAUGGGGAGCAGAGAUACAACAUUACCACCAACCUGAGCUCCCGAGUUGGACAUCUCAACCCACGCUGGAAUGAACCUGAUCAGGACACAGAAGCUGGAUUUAAGAAGGCGAUGGAACUGGCAGGGACAGAGUUUGUGUCACGCUUGGACUUUUACCACCGUUCUUGGCUGCCGGCUCGAUCUUUGGUGGAAGAAGCCAUCAGGCAGCGAUUCCAGGCGGAUGGCAGUGGAGAAGUGGUGAUCUUGGCCCAAGGUAGAUGCCCAUGGAAGGAGCACUUAUUCCAAGUGGAAAAAGAAAUCAAUCUGGAGAAACAAAUUAAAUACGUGAUCUAUCCAGAUCAGAGCGCUAAGUGGAGGGUGCAGUGUGUUCCCACAGGUCCCAACACCUUUCAGAAUCGGCUUUCUCUACCAGAGGAUUGGCGUGGUCUUCGAGCAGAUGAUCUCUCCUCAAUUAGUGGCAUUCCUGGUUGCAUCUUUGUUCAUGCCAGCGGUUUCAUCGGUGGAAACGAGACACAGGAAGGUGCUCUGGAGAUGGCACGGAAAGCAUUGACGUCCUAGAGUUGUUACUACGUAGGAUACAGCCAACUGUACCAUUCAAUGCGGAAAAAUCUACAAUUUGUAUUUAUACCAUGUGGCAUCACUAAAUAUUUUUGUAUUGACCA